AUGAAUGAUUUAGAUGGUAGCAGGCAUGCGGGCAAGUGGAACGCCACGCCGAACUGGAAGGCCGACGCCCGGCUGCAGCAGCGCUUGGCGCUGCUCAACUCGACGGGGCGGCACAUCAUCAACGUGACCAAUGUCAACGGCACAACAUACGCCGAUGUCGAGGAGGAGGCGGUGUCCCCGGGAUUUGCUAUACUGUUGAUGUACCUGCUGCUGCUGCUGAUUUUGGGGGCCCAGACAGGGCUGGUGCUUUGGAAAAAGAAGCACAAGCGCAGCUACGAGCUGGUCACCACCCUCGGCCUCUGGCUCAUGCCCGCCGCGUUCGCCUUCCACCUCAAGUUCUGGCGGUUUUUGGGAGUGUGGGCCGUGUUCAGCGCCGUCACGCUGCACCUGCUGCACCUGUGCGCCGGAAAGAAAAAAGUCGACCAGCGCACGCCACGCAAGGUGCGCGGCGCCCCUGCGCGGCGGCGGGACGCGCCGUGGACGGCGGGCGGGGUGGCGGCUGGCGCGACCGCUCGUGACGGGCUGGGGCGAGCCCCGUCUUGCUGA